CCCAUCCACAAUCGAUAUGGUGUUCAGACCAUUGUUGCAGCAGCGCGCCGUCGUCCCGGCCAUGACCGCUCUUGUAGGCGCCGGCAUGCUGUUCAAUUCACCGCGUCAGGUCCACGCUGAAGAACCCCCCUACGACCCACACCGCAAACCCAUCUACGAUGAUUCCUCUCUUUCAAACAUCACACCAACAUCAUCAUCUGCGGCCGUUUCAGCUAGCCCAUCGAUCGUCCCUGACUCGGAAAGCUAUCGCCCAACACCCACCGACCGUUUGGCGGUACAAAUUGGCCAUGUUCGACUCGCAGCCUACCGACAAGCAACCCGCGCGGAGGACUCUAUCAACAACGCACUGACAGAGACCUUUCGCCUGGAGCACUCGUUCACGUCCACCAUACGCUCCCUUGCACCACCAAAGGAGUCUGGCGAGAAGAUCUUCCCGGGUGCGCUUUACGUAUUGGUUGCAUCCAUGGCAGGUUCUAUCCUGACACGAAACCGUAACAUAAUAUUGCGAGCAUCGGUCCCGGCCGCUAUCGGUAUUGGUGCAGCCUAUGCGGUCCUUCCAAUCACCAUGAGAAAUGUUGGAGAUUUGGCAUGGACCUAUGAGGAACGCUACCCAGCGCUUGCGGAAGCUCAUCUAAAGACAAAAGCGAGAAUCUCAAAGUUCCUGGAGACCGGUAAAGCGCACAGUAGCAUGACGUUCUAUAGGGUGCAGGACAAGGUAGAGGAGACGAGGGAAAGAUUAGAAGACUGGGUUAAGAAAGGCCGAUAGACAGCUAGCCCAUUGCUCGGCUUUCAACUUCCAGUAAUGAUGCAUGGGGUAUGAAUAUUCUGUAAAAGUAGCUAGGCAUUGGAUGCGAUAGCCAGGAAUGUAGCAGCAGCACGCUUUUAGAGUCUCACUUGUACAAUCUAUUCCAAAAUCCAAAGUAUCUGAUUGUGGUACUACGAUUCUCGAUAAAUCAAAAGAUGAAUGAACACAUCAUUAUGGAAUGUCUAUCGUCAUUGGGACGUUGUAUCGCAUAGUAACCACCAAAGGAUGAUAAGCCUUUGUUCAGAAGAAGUUGCUCUAUGAAUUUGCCAGCAAGAUU